AGCUGGGUUGCUCAGCGGGAUCCAUUCACAGCGAAACAUUUAGGGAAUAGAUUUUUUUUUUUUUUUUUAAGUUCCAUGUCCAUGUUGUUGUCCGUCAGAAAGUAGAAAGUAGUUAGGGAAAUUUUAGUACAUUCAGUACCAUUGUAUAUGUGUGUCUCAUUCUCACCGAUAGUUGGUGCGGUUUUUUCCUUUGUCCUAGAUUCGGAAAGGCUUGUUGCAGAAAGGAAAUGCACCAAACAUCGACCUCUCCGCCAUUUCGUUGAGUACGAGCUCCGGCCGUUCUUGGUGCCUUAAUAACUAACCGCCAUUUCCAAGUAGAAAAAUUCCUCGAGAACGCCUGCGAGGUCUUGUAUUUUCUUUCUUUCGAAAUCUCGUCUAGAAUUCACUCCGUAACGGCGUUUUGUUCAUUUUCAAGGCUCUUGGAACUGGCGGACUUUGGAUAUUAUUAUACCCAUAUUCUCGUCUUACACCCACCACCACCACAACCACCACUACUAUUACAUACUACUACCAGUUCAGUCCACCACACACCAGUCUUGGUUAACUUUUCUCUACCUCAACUUUUUUAUAUUUUUAUUUUUAUAUCUACAACCUACAACCCAUCUACCGUUCCUUAUGGAUACCUUGCCCGUUGAGCUUAUGAGACUUGUCUUCUCUCAUUGCGAACCCGAGUCGGUUAGGAAUCUGAGAGAGGUCACUCGCAUGUUAGCAGACGUGGGCUACGAAUUCUUGCUAUCUUCCAGGUUCACCGCUGUCGGUUGGAGAAAUGAUAUCGACCGAUUACACUCCAUCGCGCUGCACGACCGACUAAGAGGCAGCAUCACAUCAAUCUGCAUAUUUCUCGGCGAGUUAUCUUAUUACGACGCAUGGAGCACAUCAUGGUUUCAACAUUUCGUCACGCCUCCAGAUCACCGUAAUGAGUUAAUGGGAUCGGCUAGGCAGGAAUUCGAUAGGAUCGAAAGGGGGCGUAAAGCAGUUGGUCCAUUGCAUCUGAGGGCCGACGACCUUCGAGAAGCAUGCUCUUCUCUUCCGAAUCUUAAGGAAUUUGAGAUUACUUUCACCCAAUGCCCUCUCGAAAAUGACCUUCUGAAGGAGGUCUUUGACUACCCAAGCUGCAGGAAGCUGGAUCGACCCCAGACGUAUAGCAACUUGGAUGCUAUCAUCUCCUCACUCCAUGGCGUCCCUCUAACCUCUUUCAAGGUGGAUCGACUUCCCCUCGAAUUAUUCCGUGCAAAAGACCACCGCAGCCACUGGUUCACGCACGCCCAGUCGUUCAGUAGUCUGGAGACUCUCAACCUAACUCUCGACCCCUCGGGACUGCAAGGUCCCGGAUCGGCUUUCAGGGCCGUCAAUGGACUUGGUCGCAUCCUGCAGCUCGCGACGAACUUAAAAAAAUUGAAACUCGCAUUCCACCCCUAUUCCAGCGAGAACUCCAAAUUUGCCCUGUCGUUCCGUGAGCUGUUCUACGACUUCACGUAUAAGCAGCUUACGGACUUAACACUCGAGGGCGUCUCGUGCGAGGAAGAGGACCUCAAGUACUUCCUCGCGCGGCACGGCGCCACCCUCCUCCGAUUACGUCUCGGUGGUCGCGGGCUCGCCAAGCCCUUCGAGGUAUCGCUGGGGGGUAUCCAUAUGUACGAAGGCACCUUUAAGUCGCUGUUCACGGGUCUACGCGCCAAGAUACCUAAGCUAGAACGGCUGCACCUCGAGGGCAUCUUCGAGUGCGAGCACCACGACCUGCCUUCGCACGAGGCUUACAACUUCUACCCCCUGACGAACGAGGACUGGGAGGAGGUGCCCCGCCCCAAAUGGGUGCGCAGCUCGCGGAAGACCAUCAGCUGCUUCCCGUUCGAGCAGUACGUCCUCUUCGGGGGCCCGUAUCCCGGGACCGCCUUGGCCCAACAGGCCUACUAGGUAGCCGAAGAAGCGAUUUUGGGUUAUUACGACUUAUAGAUCACGGGGCCGCAUUUAUCUAUCAUCGUUACGAGCAACGUUCCUCGAUUUCAAACUUGUAUCACCACGGACUCUUGCAUAACCAGGAGCGGUCAUGUGGCGGCGACGGCGGGUAUUAGGGGGGGGGGAGUGGGCGUCGAGGGGAGCAUGGCUUGCAUUCCUGCGAUUAUUCAUUAUUAACUACCUAUUAUUUUUGAAGACUUUUACCAUGUCAUCCAUCAUACCAUACGACGACUUUCACUUCUCGGGCAACAAGGACGGGUUAUUGUUUAUUAUGCAUGCGGAACGACAUUUUCUCUUUCUCUUCUCUUCUCCUUCUCGUUCUAAUAUCCUCUCAUCUCGUUCUAACGGAAGGGGGGGGCAACAUAUAGAGGACUCGCACCGGUCUUGUUCACCGCCAGGUGCGAAUCAAUCAAUCAAUCAAUCAUCACAUUUCGGCGUUUAUACACCUUGUCCAAAUUGCUUGCUUGCUUACUUGCUUCUUUGGGGAAGGGAGAAGCGGGUGGGGGGUUUAUUUCACGAAUAAUGUUAUGCUGUCUAUCGUCUUGGUAAACGGGCGGGGAUGGGUAUAUGAGUGGUUUAUGGCUUCUUUUUUUUUUCUUUUUUUUGGUAUGUUUGAGGGAGAAUGGGGACGAUGGGAGUUUCGAUGAAGAAAGAAUAUGC